AUUUUCUUGCCUUUAGUCCUCUUGUUUUGAUUCAUUCCUCUCUCUUGGAUGCAUCAAUGCUCCUCCCUCCGUUCUCCUCCCUUUCUGUACUUUUUCUUGGCUUCUCGUGUCAUGCUGAGUUUGUGGGACGUUUUAAAAAUAUUGACAGGCAGAAAAGUUCUCAGAAGCAUCCUCAGUGCAAUAACAGAGAAUUGAGCGGAGCUUCUGUGGACCCUCAGGUUUGGAUCUGCCAAGAUAAAGUAAACCGAACUAUGGAGGCUGUUUCAGUUAAGGCAAAGUGGAUUAUAUGUGUCUGACCUCAGUGUUGGACUUCAAAGUGACCGCAAAGACUGUCUUAGCUUUGAUGUCAAUUCCAGCAUGCAAUCCUGCUAUGUUUUGUAUUUAUAGUUCAAGAUGGCUCUGAGAAGUCUGGUUCUGCUGAUGGUCGUGUUUACAAAAUGGACUGAGCCAUAUGUAGCCACAAACCAAGAUGUGGACAGAUAUGAGCGUAGAGAUUAUCAAAGAGCCACAGAGCACUACAGAGAUGGCAGUGGUACUGAAUGCAAGCGAUGCUGUGAUCCUGGAGAGAACCCUCCUCAAUACCCACAGUACAAAGUUGUGCCACAUAUAAAUGUCACCAUCCUAAAAGGGGAGAAGGGAGAUGCCGGAGAGAGAGGAGCUUAUGGGAAAUCAGGCAAGACAGGGCAAACUGGACCCCGAGGGCCACAUGGCAUUAAGGGCACUAAGGGAAGUUUGGGGUCCCCCGGUGAACCCUGUAAGUCCUACUAUGCUGCAUUCUCCGUUGGCCGCAAGAAAGCCCUGCACAGCAACGAUUACUACCAGACCCUGAUCUUCGACACCGAGCUCGUCAACCUGUACGGCCAUUUCAACAUGUUCACCGGAAAGUUCUUCUGCUAUGUUCCAGGCAUCUAUUUCUUCGCUUUGAACGCUCAUACCUGGAACCAGAAGGAGACGUACCUGCACAUCAUGAAGAAUGAGCAGGAGAUGGCAAUCCUAUAUGCUCAACCCAGCGAUCGCUCCAUCAUGCAGAGCCAGAGCAUCAUGCUGGAGCUGGAGAGAGAUGAUCAGGUGUGGGUUCGGCUUUUUAAGGGCGAGCGAGAAAACGCUGUGUUUAGUGAUGAUUUUGACACGUACAUCACGUUUAACGGUCACCUCAUCAAAGCCAAGUCUGAAGGCUGAUCAAAGUUAAAUGUAUGGGCGGUUAACCUACAACAUUGAUGGACAGCAAUGAUUUUUAUACAGUAGCAUUGUGUAUUAUAUAAAACAAUUUCUUGUUAUUUGUUUAGUAAUGAUUUUAUAGUAUUUUACAUGGUACCUGAAGAGAAAUCUUGAUCUUCACAGACCACUUUCACCAGUGUUUGGAGUGGUGCUAUUUUAUGAAUAGGAACGGCAGGAAUUGUUGUACACUGUCAGAAAAAAUUGUAAAAAAAUUCACUGGGGCUAUCCACACUAUUCCUACGCCCCAUGACGCUUUGUGCGAAUUGUGGGUGCGACUUCCGGCGCAUACUGUCACUGGACCAGAGCCGGUGAUUUCCAUGAUGAUUACGGUCAUAAUUUCAUGUAUGAACCAGUGUAAGGAGGAAAUUAAGAAGUGUCCUGAUACAUCAAGAUAUAUUCAAUCGUUUCAUGUUGUUCCUCGGGGGCGACGGAUCUUCAAUGUGCAAAUAAAAGCACAGAGACAUGCCGUAUCUCUACAGUGGGACAGUCAGUCGAGUGUUUAAUACAUGGAAUAUACAGAGACUUCUUGUUUUUAAACGUUUCAGGUGAUGGUUUAAAAUGUCACAACUGUCCCUGGUGUGAGGUUUUUUUAAACGGCAAUUUUUAAUCGACUUAUCGAGUUUUUAUGGCUACACAUCAAGCUUCACGCGAUCCGACAGCAGCAGUAACUUAUGCUUCUCAUUCAAUACAAUGUAAGUUAUUUAAACAAACCAUAAUUAACAUAUUAAACUCCUAUUACAUGUUUUCAGUUUUCGUUUUAUGAAAAUAUUAUACAGUAAAUAAGACAUGAGCUUAUGAAAUUAUUUGCUUAAAUAAUUCAUUUAAAACACAACAAAAGUAACGGUAUGCGUAACACAUCACGAACUAUUAUAAACAUUAACUAAUAAGCAGUUAAUGUCGUAGGCUAUAUAUUAUGUACUGUAAUCUCAUUUUUGUAAUAAUAUAUAGGCCCUAGUAGCAGAAUAAAUAAAUCAGCAUAUUUUUAUCUGCAUAAUAUGUUGUUUUUGAAUAAUUAUUGUAUUUAUUGUUCACUGUCAGUUUCUAUGAAAGGUUUUACUGGAUGGAUGUGUGGAUACAGUUAAUAGAUGCACGUGCGCCACAUAAACAUUCAGUUCUUGAGCGUGUAUUACAGUUAAAACAACCGUUUUGUAAAGGUUUACUGCGUUUGUAUCAUCUAUUAUGUUAACCCCUAACUGCACAAAUUAUGCCGAUCUUCCUGGAUUUCAUAAUAAGCAUUAAAAUGCCAGUCAAAACGGCAGACUCGUAUCCCUCGCAAUAGGACUAUUAUUAGCUGUAGUGGCUCACCGGAAGUUUUACCCAUCUGAGCUCAAGAUGGCGUCGCCCGCAUUUACCUCAGGAAUAGUGUGGAUACUCUUUUUAAAAAAUGUUCCCCUUUAUGCCCAAUUUGAGUACCUAUUGGUACCAAAUAGUGCAUAUUAGUACCUCAAUGGUAUGUUAGUACCAAAUGUAUACAUACGGUGGCAAGAAAAAGUAUGUGAACCCCUAGGAAUGAACUGUUUUUUUAUAGUGAUUGGCCAUAAAAAUGUUAUGGCCAAUCUCUGAAGAAAACCAAUUCAUUCCUAGGGGUUUACAUACUCUUUUCUUGCCACUGUCUCUGUACUUAAAUCAUACAUAUUAGGAUCUUUUUAUAGAGAACUACUGACCUAUUGACAGCCUGGGUCCGUUUUUAAGCAUUUUUCUGACAGUGAUAAAUCCAAAGACAGCGGCAUCAUUUACUCUCAGAAAAAAACCCCAUACAAAAGUUGUCACUAGGACGAUACGCUUUAAAAAGGUCCUAAUAUGUACCAUUAUGGUACAGAUAUAAACCAGUGUUUAUACCAAUGUGUACCUUUUUGCACUUUUAGGAACAAAAAUUUACUUUUUAAAAAGGUAUCGCCCCAGUGAAAACUUUUGAACCUUCUUGUACCUUUUUCCUGAAAGUGUUCAUUAAUAUAUGUAGACGUUCUUUAGAUGUUAGUAAAAUAAAUAGCAUAAACAUAGACACUACCUGGUCAAAGGUACAGUAUGUGGACAUGUUUAACUACUGUAGUUCUCCAUAUUCAAAACUACAGUAUAGCACACAGUGGCAUUUUCUAUAGAUUUUCAACCUUGCUAUAAAAGUCUAAGAAAGGGUUUUUGUUCAUGGGAGUCCAAGUAUACUUUAAACAAGUACACUGUAAAUAAAUUUAAUUUAAUACUGAACAAACUGUUGCCAGUAAAUAACAUAAAUGUAAAAUCUACAGUAAGUAUUACCCAGUAAUACUGUAAUUUCUACAGAAUUUUUUUUACAGUGUAUACUUUUAGGUAUACACACAAGUGUGUACACAUAUGUGAGUGAAAAUAAACCUCAGUAUUCAUAAAAUGUCAGAAAAUAUACUGAAAAAUGUAUUAAUGUUUUUUGGUUAUAAUCUAUAGUCUGAAAGUGAUCCUUAAGCUUUUUCUGUGGUGCUAAGAAACUAACAAAAAUAUAGGAAUUAUGAUUUAAUGAAUUGAAAAACAAAAUGGUGCAUUUUCACAUCGACAUGUAUGUAGUACAAUUUCAUGAAAAAAGUUAAAACACUACUUGAUUUAGGUUAAAUCGUUUAGUAAAAUAAUAUUUUAAGAGCUCAGAUGCACAGCUAAACUCCAACUCAAUCAAAAAUGAGAUAAUGAUAUAUUAACCACAUGCUCUCGGCACGGUAUUAUAUGUUCAGCAAAUACUUUCGCUUUAAAUCUGCUUAAUCCUGGACGCAGGACAUUCAGAAAUACCAGUUUGUUGGCAGAAUCCGUUAAACACCAUGGUGGACAAACUAGACAACCCAAAUGUGGAAACAACAUGGAUCACAGCGCCCCCUAGUGUGUGGUUCAGUUUCUUUAUUUUUACCUUUUGGAAUUGUGACUUUCAUCAUUUGCAAUGUUUCUAGUUGCAUAUUUAAUGACUUUGCAACUAUUUACUAUGUCUUAUACAAAGAAGUGAAUUUUUUUAGAAGUGAAAGUUUUUGCUAAAGCUUGCAUGCGUUUUUUUAGCGAAAGACAAUCAAAUUUGUUAAAUACUAAUGAAAUGACUAAAGUGACAUUUGUGAGAAUAAGGCAUAUCAAUUACUGACUAAUAACCUUUUCAUUGCUAUUCAAGUAAAAUUACUGAACCUAAACAUAGAUAAGAAAUGCUCAAACAGCAUCUGAACUCUAUAUUUGAAGUCACAUUAUGAGCAGCCAUGUUUUGUAAGAACUAAAAUUAUGUUAAUCCACCUUGAUGGUGCAUCUGAAUAUGUAAAUGUAAAUUUUGUAUAAAUUAAUGUAUCUAGUGAUUGAAUCCAGUAAGACACUAUAUAUUAGUGCAUAAGGAACAAUACCAUGGAUUUGUUAAUAGUGAAAGAAACCAAUUUUUUGAAGCCAAGGUACAGUAAAUAUAAUUAUGAUUAUACUGUGGAAAAAAACUCUCCCUGCCUUGAACACGGCUAAAGUAAAUACCAUGAACUGGAUAGUAAACCAAAACAUCUUUAGAAACAUUUGCCACCCUGAACUCUGGUUUAUCAUGAAAGGAACAGAAAAAUUCAGGAACGAAAAUACAUUUUGUUAUUGUUGUAGUUGUUGUAAAUGUUUUUGCUCUGUGAAUUGCUAUGAAGCUAAUCAUUUUGCCGACCAGUCAUUACAACACCCACACGGGUCUUUACCAGUCAGUAUAAUGUUAAAAAAUAAAAUAAAUUAAAAGUAACUUA